AUGGGUCGUCCAAAUCCUAACCAGCCGAAUGAGACACAACCUCCGGUUCAACGUCCACCGGUUCAACCAACGGGUCACCAAAACAGUGGUACAAUGCGUAAGCCGCAAAACGUACCGCCGGUUCAACCAACGGGUUACCAAAACAGUGGUACAAUGCGUAAGCCGCAAAACGUACCGACAGGCAUGCGCAGAGCGAUCAAUAACGCAUCAACAGGCAGACCAGACAAUAACCAAUCACAGAAUCUUUGGAGUUCUGACCUCUUCGACUGCAUGAACGACAGUGAAAAUGCCGUUAUUACAUGUAUAGCUCCAUGUGUUACGUUUGGACAGAUAGCUGAGAUCACUGACGAAGGAGCAACCCCUUGUGCGACUGGUGGGUUGUUGUAUGCAGUGAUAUUUGUAUUCGGAUUCUCGUUCGUCUACUCAUGCAUAUUCCGCGAAAAGAUGAGAAACAAAUACGAGUUACCAGAUGCCCCGGCUCCCGAUUGGAUCACUCACUUAUUUUGUGAGCAAUGUGCGCUUUGUCAAGAGUAUCGUGAACUCAAGCACCGUGGUUUUGACCCCAAUAUUGGGUGGAAUGGGAAUGUGCAAGCACAACAACAAGAGAUGAUGGCUCCUCCGACUAGUCAACGGAUGAGAUGA